AUGUCAAGUAAUGAGGAUGAAGGAGGACAGGUCAUAUUAUGGCCAAGAAUCAAACAUCUUCAGCCAAUGACUCAACAACAACAACAGACAAUAUUGAAUGUAUUUCAUAAUGUUGUAUUGUUGAGAUCAAUAAUGUCAAUGAUCAGUGAUAUCAAUCAUAAAGAGUUUGUCAAUAGAUUUAUGAAGGCACAUCUCGCCAAGCCAAAGUAUACACAGCUCAAAGUUGGUGGCAGCUCCAUUGUCAAAACCUCGCCAUAUAUCUAUCGACACAAGUAUCGACAUUGGAUUGAUGGCGAGUCCAUCAUCAACAGUCGACACUUUGGACUGCUACGCGAUCGUCUUCGCCGUGGACUUCACAUUGUUCAAGAUGACGGCAGCGAAUCCAAGAAGGGGGCCGAGACCGAGGUCGAGGACUUGAUCAAGCUGGCAUGCCGAACACAUAUGAGCAACAAUGAAGAGACGUUCGAUUUGUUAUAUCAACGCUACUCUUCAAAGUUUGUUGACCCAACUCUGCUCGAUGAAGCUGUGAUGUCAGACUCAUUGCACAAUAUUAGGACACUCCUGCGACACAACUCCAGCAAGUACAACAUCAAUAUGAACAUGAUACUGCAAGCCAUCAAGCAAAAGAGGUUCGCACUGCUUCAGUGCUGGGCAGAGUUUGUCAACACACCAGCAAACGAGGUCACGCUGAGAGAUCUUAUGAAGGAGAGUCGCGAGAUUGCCAAGUAUCUGUUCGCGGGGAGACCUUUCCACGUGCGCAAUGUGCUCGCCGCACUCCCCACUGAGUUGGCCUGCGCAAUCAAGUCCCAUGCACGUUACUCAUCGUUGGACAUUGUGAUGACUGGCGAUGUGCAGUACAUUGAACAACUGUUGGUGGACGAUCUGAUACCAGCUUACGAACCUAAAGAGGGAGUCAAGCACAUUCCCAUCCCAUACACGAUCAGAGUGGACCCAGCACAACAACUCGAACACAUACAACGUUUGGUCGACUACCUGGUCAUCAAGCCCAAUGACAAGAUUGCGAUGCAAGCACCAGACGAUCUCAUCCUAUCAUGCAAACUACUUAAAGAUCUACUCGGCGACAAGGACUAUGAGUCGAUGCUUCCAUGGCCUUUGAGUGACGAGGACAAGAUAAUGUACAUCAAGAUCAUCUUAAAACCUGGAAUUGGCAUUCGCGAGAGCACAUUCAAUGACAUGUUCAAGAGAUAUGUGUCGACAGGUGACUGUUCACUCCUGCCCCUGCUCAUUCGGGUUGCACCAUAUAGUCUGGAAUUGGCGCCAUCACUAUUCAAUGCAAUCUUACAUUAUGGAACAACGACACAGUAUAAGAUCGCCGAUCGAUUGAUACACAGUGUGCCCGUACACUCUGAUACAUAUGCCAACACUCGGUCGAUCAUUCAAAGGAUUGAUCGACUUAUCCAUCGCUUCAUUGUUGAAGACAACAGCGAUGUUGACAGGCAACUCCAGAUGAUCAAGUGCAUCAAUGAUCAAGUGGAAAGCAAGGUUGUGAAACCAUGGCAAGGUGUCUUGGUGUUUGAUGGCGCACCCGCCAUCCUCGAGUUCCUCCUGUCCACAAACAAUCGAGUAUUGCCAAUGGAUCCUGGAAAGACCAAUCUGGUCGUCCACAAUCAUACCAACUUGCAGAUGGUGCUCAGUAGCGUGAUGCGCCCCAGAAUGCAUACGCUCUCCAUGGCAUACCUGGCGAUCAUGUUGAGCAAACCAGACAUGUUGGAGCUACUGCUGCUAGAGCUCAAAGACAAAUACUACAUCGAAUUGCUACUGUUUGCCCUCAAGCUGAGACCAAACUAUGCCAUCAUCGACAUGCUACUCAACAAGCCAAUGAAGAUGUCCAACUCACUAUGGUAUGCGAUGGGUUCGAAUGGCAAUGUUGACACCCUGGCAAUGAUCGUCAAACGAUCGUCCUCAAAGGUAAAUCUACCAGAGAUCAACAGCUUGAUGAUAGGUGCAAUAACCAUGCACCAGUACACUCUGCUCAAGUAUAUGUGCUCGACGCCAGAGCUCUGCCCUCCCCUUCGAAACUAUGAUGUUCACAAGUUUGCCAUCAAACACUCGCUCGAGUUACUGCAAUGCAUAUGCGCAAUCAAGCCACCAUUACAAGACUGGACCAUGGUCGAAGCUGUACUCAACGACAAUGACACAAAGUUAGUGCUCUCGUCUGACAAGCUGUUGCUUGACAGUCCAAUACUGUCACUGAUCGCCUUUGCUGUGGAGAGAGGAAAGACAAGGGCAUUGGAUUACCUAAUGGACAAGGAGGUAGGAGAGACAGAGAAUCGUGACCGAGUCAAGUCCAUCUUGUUGCCGCGACUAAUCAAUGGAGUUGUCAAACGCGGUGACACUACAAUGCUCAAUCAUCUCGUUAAGAACAUUGGUGUACAACAGUCUGUGGAGGACUCCUCCUCCUCCAACAACAACAACAACAGCAGUUUGAAGCGAAGUCGAUCAACUGGCGAUGAUGGCGAUGAUGGCGCCAUCGAUGGCAAUGAUAACAAGAUGGCAAGAACACAUAAA